GGAAGAAAGCUGUGCAUUGAGAGAGCGAGUGUUUGUUCCUGUUGGCGUGAAAAGGAAGCUGUGCGCAGUCGUAGUGAGAGAAAAUGUCAGGAACUCAAGAGGAAGACAAGAAGCCAGGUGGUGACCAAGCUGCUCACAUCAAUCUUAAAGUCAAGGGUCAGGAUGGCAAUGAAGUCUUCUUCCGUAUUAAGAGGUCUACACAACUGAAGAAGCUUAUGAAUGCUUAUUGUGACCGACAGUCAGUGGAAUUGAACUCUAUCGCUUUCUUGUUUGAUGGACGUCGACUUCGAGCCGAGCAGACUCCUGACGAGUUGGAAAUGGAGGAUGGUGAUGAGAUAGACGCUAUGCUUCAUCAGACUGGAGGUGCUAUGAUCUAGUUUUUGUUGUUGUGUGCUUGUGUCUCAGGCUUACUAGGAUGAAAAUUUUAGGUUAUUUCUGCGAUUGGCUUUCUGAAAAAGACCAUGUCUAAAACUUUAUUGUAACUUGGAUCCAGUCUAUUUUGAAACCUAGUUGCUCCGUCUGAGCUCUGUUUGUCUGCGUGACUUGAUGCUUAGUAUGUCAUUACCUGUUUGGGCUGUCGUCCCAAAUCACAACUUAUUAGUAUCUCAACUUGUCGUACUUGGAAACCAUUUUGUAUAUUCUUAUUAUCUUGUGGCUUUGGAACCAA